AUGGGAAGCACAUUGGUUUCUUUGGUUGUUUUACAGCCCGACCGCUAUGUCCCCGGUUCCCCCAUCUUCCGCGACGCCAGCAGCCCAACGCCCCACGCCCCCCUCGCGGGGCCUAUAACAUCACCGCCCACCUCAGCCCCCGCCACCGACACCAACACCGCCACCGCCUCUGUCACGGGUUCGAGCCCCACCAACAUCACCUGCACCACCGCCACCACCGCACCAGGAUCUGGAUCUGGAUCGGGAUCGGAAACAGGAGCAGCAGGAUCAACAGCUUCCAGGAGCCGAGGAGUCAGAGCCAUGACGGCAUCCCUUGCCCAUGCCGCACAGGGAAACCACAACAACAAUAGCAACCGAACCAACUCCAACUCCAAUUCCGGAAAGGCCAAGCCACCGGCUGGUUAUAUGAGCACCCGAUCGGCGGCGAUGAUGGCCUUGGCUUUGGGUCAAUCUCCGGGCGGCAGAAACGACAAGUCUCCGUCCGCUCCUCGAGCCGCUUCUCCCGCCCGAAACCAGAAUCCAGCCAAGCCCCAAUCUCAAUCUCAGUCUCAGUCCCAAUCGCAGACGCAGUCACCGCAUCCUGCCGCCCGAAGGAUGUCGAAUGCCGCCUCUCUGCCCUCCAAUGUGUCCAGAUCGAAGCCCUCCACUCCAACGGCAACCAGAGCGGCGGCCCAGCUGAAUGGAUCUGGUGUCUUCUCUUGUGGAAGCAACUCCAGUGGCUCCGAUAACGAUGGGUUCAGCACCUCCGGAUCUUCCGCGGCCACUGCCCUCCGGCGGUUGUACUUCAAGAGCGGAAGGAGUAUCAAGAACAAGAUCAAUGCCUCGACCACUUCCUCAACUCCUCUGAACGGGCUUCCGCUGAAUCCCGUGUCCAGUGCUUAUCACAAUUCAGUCGGUGGACCCAUGCACAAUAUGACGACUGCCGGUGGAGUCCCAAAGCUGGUGGUCAUGGGAACCUCGUCGGCUUCCAUUCCGGACACCACCAUCAACACGUCGACGGACUCGGCCUGCACGCUCAUCACGAAUGUGACCCACACGGACACCUCGGAGACGUGCGACUCACUGGAUCUGGGUGACAACUCGUGUCCCAGUGAGCCGCUUUUCAGUUCGCUGGAGGAGCCGCUGCUCACCGCCGUCCACAUCGAUUCGGAGCACGAGGGAUUGGGCGGCUUUGGGGCACUUGGGGGAGGUGCCAAUGGACGCGGCGCCACUGAACUGGAACUAACGAGCUGCUCGAGGUAUCCGCCAAGGCCCGACAUGAAUCUCCAGGACAGCGUUGAGAGCCAGGAGUCCUGUUUGUCCAUCCUGACGGGCGAGCCGUCUUCCACGACGCCACUUCUCUCCUCGCAGCGGCGCCACCCGACGGGCGGUCACUCCCCAGGCAGCCAGCGGGAGAGGGAGCGGGAAAGGGAUAGGGAUAGGGAAAGGGAGAGGGAUAGGGAUCGGGAACGGGAGAGGAAGGAGCGGGAAAGGGAGCCCAGCACGGCGCCACCGCCAACUCGAAUAAGGGAGCACUUCACCUUCGAUCCCCCGCAGUCACCGAAAUCGGCGCGCAGCAGCGAAAAGUCAGCCAGUCACUUCUCCUUCAAGAACUAUGGUAAUGAGCAAGCUGGCAAGGAUGCGGGAGUGGGGGUGACAGCAUGUGGAGCGGGAGGAGGAGGACCUGGAACCGGGGGUGGGGGCAACGGGGGCGUGGCGGCCAGCGAGGGCGACGAGGAGGAUGACGAGCGGAGCGGCGAGAGCGUUGGCAAUCGCAGCAAGAAGCUGCGACCCCGCGAACGUGACCCCAAUCACAUCUCGCCCAGCGUGUCGCCGUCUCAUAGUCGCCGUGCGAGUCCCAAGCGGGAGAAGCGCCGGACCACGCCCAUCGCCUCGACGGGCGCCAUAGCCAAAGUGAGCUCCGCACCGCCCACGAUGAAGGAUGCGAACUUCUUUGGUAAUGCCACCAAGCAAAAGCAGCGACAAUCGCAGAAUGUUCCGCCGCACCAACUUUCUCCUUCCGCGCAGCAGCGGAAGUACUCCUCCAGUUCCUCCAGCGGAAGUAGUGAGAGAUGCCUAAGGGAGGCCACUGGACCAGGAACCAUGUUUCCCUUCGAUCGGGAAGCUCUGGACUACGAGCGAAUCCAAAGGGAAUGCUUUGCUCCCAGUUCCACAACGGCCAGUAAUAGCAGUGAUUCGGAGGCGGAGAACUGUUCGGUGUACGAGAGAAAAUCCGGAGCGGAUAUAUUCCAGCAGUACUCCCGGUUGAGCCACCAGGAGCAACUGCAGCAGCACUACCAAGAGCAGCGGGAUUGGGAGCGGGAUCGUCCGCCCUCGCGAAAGAAUUCCAAGCGCAUUCGACCGGAUUCGGUGAUCCAUACAACCAUUAGGGAGAAUCAGCAGUAUGUGCCGCAGUCGGAUGCCUUCUAUCCCCAGGCCAAGUCCUCCUCCUCGCCCAGCGAUCACUCAUACGCCGAGUUGAACAAGUUCGAGGACAUCGCCAGCAAGUUCGAGCAGAUCCCGCCCAAACAUGGUUCCGUAUCCGGUUCGGGAUCGGGUUCCCUGCUGAAUCUGCACCACAUGAUGCCCAGUCCGGGCAGCGAAUCCGCCGUCAGUCCAACGGACUCCGCCCGCCGGCGGUCCUUCAAGAGCAAGCAACGCCACCAGAAGGAGGAGCACUUCUACAUCCAGACGGAGGACCGCAGCGGAACGGGUGGUAACAGUGGGAGCGGUCCCAUCAACGUGACCGCCAAUCCUCUGGAGGCAGCCGCCGUCUGCAAACAGCCACGCGCCACCAUCGUCGUUCAGCAGCCCUCGUUAAGUCUGGACAAUACUGUGGAGACGCUGCUAAUCAAAAAUGAGGGGGACUUCAUAAGCGUGGAGCAGGGCAAAGAGUUGGUGGUCCGCAAGCGUAAUUCGCAGCAGUUGGCCCAUCCGCCGACGCACUUGCACCACCACGCCCACGGCCACGCCCACAAUCACCAUCAGCAGCAGCAGCAGCAGCAACAACAACAGCAGCAACAACACAAGCGGGAUGAGAAUAUGAGGCAGCUGCUGGAUGUGACCAACACGCUAACCAUUGAAGAGCUGCGCGACUUUGAAAUGCGAUAUGGCUCACCACAUCACAGCCGUUCGCAAUCGGUGAAGAUGCCGGGGAGCAGAGCCUCGGGAAGACCGAAUCAGUUGUGCCUGCCCCAGCAGAGAUCCAGAGUGGCUUCCAUGCCGAAUACCGGAGUGGAGGAGGAGUACUACAGGCUGCGGCACUUCUCGAUCACCGGAAAGGGAGUGGUGAACCGUGGCGAUUCCCUGAAGAGUCGCCGCAGUCGCUCCAACAACAGCGUGGCCAGUUCGAACUCCAGCACGGAGCACCUGACCGCCCAGCAGCAGCUUUCAGCCCCCGCGUCCGUCUCCGCCCGCACCUCGCUGGCCUCCAGCAGGGAGAGCAGCACCUCCAAUCCGGGAAAUGGUCCCUACAGGGUCCUGAUGCUGGGAGGUCCUGCGGUGGGCAAGAGUUCCCUGGUCUCGCAGUUCAUGACGUCGGAGUACCUGCACGCCUACGACACGAGCAUCGAUGACGAGUCCGGCGAGAAGGCCGUUUCAGUAUUACUCAGUGGCGAGGAGUCCGAGUUGAUAUUCAUCGACCAUGGAUACACCGAAAUGACGCCGGAUGAGUGCCUGACCAACUACGAUCCGCACGGAUACUGCGUCAUCUACUCGGCGGCGGACAGGAGCAGCUUCAGCGUGGCGGAGCAGGUCCUCCAAGUGCUCUGGACCAAUCAGAACAUCGCCCAGAAGGCCGUCAUCCUGGUCUCGAACAAGGCGGACUUGGCCAGGAGUCGACUGGUCACCUCCGAAGAGGGCAAGGCCAUGGCGACCGCCUAUGAUUGCAAAUUCAUCGAGACCUCGGUGGGCAUAAAUCACAACGUGGACGAGCUGCUGGUGGGCUUGCUGUCGCAGAUACGCCUCAAACUGGAGAAUCCCGAGAAGUCCAGGGAUCUCUUCCGGAAGCGUUCGAUUAGAAAGUCAAAGCGACGAGCCUGUUCGCCUCUCAAUGCAGGAUGUCUGAAUGCCAACACCCCGCUGGGUCCUUUGGGGGAGUCGGUGGCCACGCCUCCUGGCAGUGCCCAAAGCAGUCCACGGAAAUAUCGCGGCUCGAGAACUUCCACCAGCCUGAAAGUCAAGGGGCUCCUGGGUCGCGUUUGGACCCGGGACUCCAAGUCGAAGAGCUGCGAGAAUCUGCACGUACUCUAAGCCCACAAGUUACCCAAAGUGUAUCCCAAACAAGUUUCCUAUAGAGUACGCAAGAUCCUAGCCUAAGUUACAAAUCAGACUCGAUUUAACGGGGGUUCUAUUCCCAACUUGUACAUAUUGUGUAUAAUUUAGCCUUAAUUUACGCUAGUCAUUUCCCCCAUUAAUCAUUGUAUAUAGUUUGUCUAAAUAUAAAGCUAUUAUUUGUAAUUGAUUUAUUAUGCUUUUCGUUUUCCUUUCAACAUGAGUUGGGAUCAUUUUCAAUGCCUGGAAUGAACUAUUAGUUUUAGUUCUGAUUGAAAGAAUUUAAAAUACAAACACAAACCAAGUUAAAAAGCAAUAAUUUUUGGAAAAAAUACAACAUUAUACCCUUGUUCAUGGAGAAGGAGUUGAUGAUACCAAUUGUACUGAUUUUUGAAGGUCUGGCGAUUGUCCGCCAACUGAAACUUAUUGUUAAUUAUAUACGUGUAGUUAUACAUUUGUAAUGGCAUUGCAUUUUAAAAUUACAAGAAUAUUCACAUGAUUGUUACUAGAUGUUCAGAACUUGAUUGAUCAAAAGCGAACCGGAGGAUAUAUUAGCCAUUUUGUGCAAUUUUGCUUAAUUAGUCAUAGGAAUUUUGCCGUAAUUGUUAACCUUAACUAUUUUUUUGAUGGAGCCCAUCGUGCACCAAAAACCAGCACGCCCUAGGUUUCUCAUGUUAGUCGGGACCAUUUCAAAAUUAAUCAAAGAUAAGAGAGAUAUGAUGGAAACACUAGAUUUACGCAGGGCUACUAUUAGGCUCAUGGCAGCGUAGUUUUACAUUAAUUCAAUAUGUGAUUUUACACAAGGUCCACAAAAUCGAGAGCAAGAGCAAAAUUUAAAAACAAAAACAUUUUGUUAAUAUGUGUGUGCUGCGACCUGCUCUAUUAAAUAUUGAGGCCAGCGGUAGAAUUUUGAGAUUUUUAACUAUAAAUGUCAACACUAGUAGCUUAGGGCAAAACCACACACCCAUUCCCAUUCCAUUUGCCCGCGGGCAGUACUACUCUAGAUGUCCAAUAAAUGUAUUAUAGAUGUCCAUUAAGUAUUAUAAUCACCAACAAUUGCAGCACAAUGGAAUUUAACGGAGUGGUGUUCUGGCAAAUAUCAAGGUUUGGCUAAAGUCGGAACAUUGAAGGAAACCUUAAGAAAUACGUGCAUCCCUACAUAUGUGUAAUAUAACCAAUCUAACCAGAUAGUUAAAAUUUAUAUAGCUGUAAUCGCAUUUUUGUCCAGAACUCUGUGUAUUAUUCUCGCUCAACAUCAGUUAAUGAAUUCGAGCCGAAAACUAUGUAGGACAGUGAUAGACACACUCGAUUUGCACAGAUUGUACAACACUUUAUAUAGGGAGAAGCGAAAGUCAGCCAUAAAUGUAAGCGGUGACAGAGUGAAAAACGUAACCAAUUAAGAACAUGUUCGAUUUUCUCGCUCCGAUAUAUAUGUCUAAUGAGUGUAUAUUAAAUGUGAAAAGUUCAAUUU